AUCAGAAAUGCUGAUGUCAAUAAGGGUCUGUUGCAUUCCAUAAAGGUGUACCACAGACUGAUGGUAGGAGCUAAGAGAAAGAUACAGAGAGAAAGAAAAACAUGAAUAACGAGAGGGAGGAAGAGGAAGAUCAAGCAGGACCUUCUUCUAAAGUCAAACUCAGUCAGAAGGAAAAGGAACUCCAGACAUCCAUAUCUUUGGACUCAGAUGAGGAAAAGAAGAUGAAGAAGAAGAAGAAGAAGAGGAGGAGAGCCUCCAAAGUGGGCGUGUCUUCAUCUGACUCUGACAGAUGGACACCAGAGAAGACAGAUGUCCAUGAGAAAUUCCGAUCCACAUUAAAGAGCAAGUUUCAACAUCUGGUUAAGGGAGUACCUAAUCAGGGAGAAACCAGACUCCUCCAGGAGAUCUUUACAAAAAGGGAAAGAGUAAGGGUCAAUGAUGAACACGAGGUCAGACAGAUAGAGAGAGCAUCCUGGAGAGAAGCAGCACGUGGCAGACUAAUCAAAUGCAGUAAGAUCUUUGAACCCUUAUCUGGUCACAGACAACAGAAAACCAUCAGAACAGUGCUGACAAAGGGAGUGGCUGGCAUUGGGAAAACAGUCUCUGUGCAGAAGUUCAUCCUGGACUGGGCUGAGGGAACAGCCAAUCAGGAUGUCCACUUCAUAUUUCCUCUUCCUUUCCGAGAGUUGAACCUGAUGAUGGACAAGCAACUCAGUCUGGUGGAGCUUAUUCAACACUUUUUUCCAGAAAUAAAAGAUUCAAACAUCUUCACCAGCUCAAAGCACAGAGUCAUGUUCAUCUUUGAUGGUUUGGAUGAGUGUCGACUUUCUCUAGAUUUCCGUUCCAACCUGAGUUGUCGUGAUGUGACAGAGCCAGUCUCAGUGAACUUGCUGCUGACAAACCUCAUCAAGAGGAAUCUGCUUCCCUCUGCUCUCCUCUGGAUCACCACUCGACCAGCAGCAGCCAGUCAGAUCCCUCCUGGGUAUGUUGACCAGGUGACAGAAAUAAGGGGAUUCAGUGACCUGCAGAAAAAUAAGUACUUUAAGAAGUACUUUAAGAAAAGAACCAGUAAUGAGAACCUCGCCAGCAAAACCAUCACACAUCUGAAGUCAUCCAGGAGCCUCUACAUCAUGUGCCACAUUCCGGUCUUCUGUUGGAUUUCAGCCACUGUGGUAAAGAGAUCAUUUGAAUCAGAAAAAGUAGAAAUGCCAAGAACUCUCACUCAAAUGUACACUCACUUCCUGAUCAUUCAGACAAGCAUAAAACAUGUCAAGUACACAGAGAGAAAAGAGACAGAUGAAGAGAUGAUUUUCAAACUGGGGAAACUGGCUUUCCAACAGCUGGAGAAAGGCAAUCUGAUCUUCUAUGAGGAAGACCUGAGUGAAUGUGGCAUUGAUGUCACAGAAGCAUCAGUGUACUCAGGAGUGUGUACUCAGAUCUUCAGAGAGGAGUCUGGGCUGUACCAUGGGAAAGUGUUCAGCUUUUUGCAUCUGAGCAUUCAAGAGUUUCUUGCAGCUUUAUAUGUGUUCCUCUGCUUCAAAAACACAGAGAGAAGCAUGUCUGACCAACAUCAAACCUCUCAGCUCUCUGCUCUGUUCAGUUUGGCAACACUGCAUGACCUACACAAGACUGCAGUGGACCUGGCCUUACAAAUUGAGAAUGGACACCUGGACCUUUUCCUCCGCUUCCUGUUGGGCCUCUCACUGGAGUCCAAUCAGAAUCUCCUAAUGCACCUACUGCCACAGACAAGAAGUCAACCACAGAGCUCAGAGCAAACAGUCCAGUAUAUCAAACAGAAGAUCAGAGAUCAAAGAAAUUCAGACAGAAGGAUCAACCUGUUCUACUGUCUGAAUGAGCUGAAUCACCAUGCUGUAGUGGAGGUCAUUGACAGGAGCUCAGGAACUCUGUCUGUAGACAUGCUCGUACCAGGACAGUGGAAGACUAGGAGAUUUAAGUUUAAGAUUCCAGAAGAGCAGCUGGAUGAGUUUGACCUGCAGAAGUACAUAAAGACACCAGAGACUGAUCAGACUGAACUCCUCAGUCCAGAUAAAGUUCUUCAGAGGCUGGUUCCAGUGGUCACAUCAGCACUGCUGUGGAAUUGUUCCCUCACAAAGAAGAGCUGUGCUGCGAUAGCGUCAGCUGCCAGAUCAAACUCCUGCAGUUUGAAGGAGCUGAACCUGAGUAGCAAUAAGCUUCAUGAUGCAGGAGUUCAGCAUCUCUCAGAGCUCCUCAAAAAUCCCCACUCCAAACUGGAGAAACUAGAGCUGUGGAAUUGUUCCCUCACAAAGAAGAGCUGUGCUGCGAUAGCGUCAGCUGCCAGAUCAAACUCCUGCAGUUUGAAGGAGCUGAACCUGAGUAGCAAUAAGCUUCAUGAUGCAGGAGUUCAGCAUCUCUCAGAGCUCCUCAAGAAUCCCCACUGCAAACUGGAGAAAUUAACGCUAAAUCGGUGUUCCCUCACAGAGAAGAGCUGUGCUGCGAUAGCGUCAGCUGCCAGAUCAAACUCCUGCAGUUUGAAGGAGCUGAACCUGAGUGGCAAUGAGCUUCAUGAUGCAGGAGUUCAGCAUCUCUCAGAGCUCCUCAAGAAUCCCCACUGCAAACUGGAGAAACUAGUGCUGAGUAGUUGUUCCCUCACAGAGAAGAGCUGUGCUGUGAUAGCAUCAGCUGCCAGAUCAAACUCCUGCAGUUUGAAGGAGCUGAACCUGAGUAGCAAUAAGCUUCAUGAUGCAGGAGUUCAGCAUCUCUCAGAGCUCCUCAAGAAUCCCCACUGCAAACUGGAGAAACUAAUAGUGAAUCAUCGUACCUUCCUAAAGGACAGUCCAGCAGCAGCCUCUGCUUACAGCUCCCACUCAGAUGCUGCAGAGCUGAACCUCAGAGACAAAGCCCAGCAGGACCCAGGAGCACAGCUGCUCUCUCUGGACACUCACACGGAGGAUCACCACAAUGAUGUCCCACAGAGGAGCUGUGAAUCCUGUGCUGAAGUUCCAGACUCCAGCCACUGGGUCCAGGUGGAGCCUGAAGUCUCCACAGAGAGCGUCUCCACCUACAGCCUGAGCUCUCCUGCAGGGAGCUAUGAGUGCCCAGAGUCUGGUCUGCGCUGGACAUGUGCUGGUCCAGUCACCCUGCAGUACCGCUUCACAGACUGGCAUCUCUUGACUGAUGAGCUGCCCCACAUGCAGUAUAGACCAGCUGGCUCUUCAAUGGACAUCAAGCUCAUCUCAGGAAAGCUGGAGGAGAUCCAUCUGCCACAUUUCCUCUGUUUGGGAGGUAGCCAGUCUUCUCUGAAGGAUGCUGUGGAGUUUCUGCAUAAGCAGGACAGUGGAGUGUCUAUAGAGAAGUGUGAGCUGAGUCGCUUCCAUGCCAGGCUGGUGAACCCCUCCUUUUCUCUUCUCGGGCUUUUCUACUCUCUGAAAUAUCUCAUAUUUCCUGGCACGGAAGAAGAGAAGGAGAAGCAGGUUGACGUCCAUGCAGAUGUUCUGGUCUAUCAGAGCAGCAAAGCACCCCUCAUUUUCCGCACAUACCUGCUGCCCAUGGAUAUCCAUUUGAAAAGGUUAGUGGAGGAGCAGGAAAAAUCAGAAUUCAGAGGCCACAGACUCCACAAAAACCGGCCUGACAUUCCUCUGCGGAUGAAUGGGUUCUAUGCUUUGCACACUUACUGCGUAAAGACCGACUGCUCCAAGACUGACUGCAAUUCCGAAAUCUGUCCAGGAAGUCUGGGCCUCAGAAACGAAGAUUAUGUUCCCAACUUCUUUGAGGUGCAGAUGAGGGAGACUGUGGACUUCAAAAUGAAGCUCAGCAGCUCUGUAGAUGAACAGCAAGUCUGGGAAGCACGGAUCUUGGCCAGUGAAUGCUGGGACAAUCCCCAGGCCUCAGUGGAAGUGUCCACUACCAGCACAGAGGAGAUGCCCUCUGACUCCUCUAGCCCAGUCCAGCCAGCCUCAGUCUUGUCCCCCAUUACGGCGCACACUGGUGGAGUUGUUGUGUGUCCUAUUGUCUCUGGCAAUAAUAUCAAAAGACAAUUAUCCAUCAAAAUUGAUCACAUUCCACCAAAGUGAACUUCCAGAUGUUGCUAAAACCACCCUUCAUCAUGUUGCUCUAUGUGCCAAUCAAAUAAAGCUACAGUCUAGUAGCUCUCAGGUUUCCAAUUUCACAUUUUUGAAUACAAUUGAAUUGAAUGUAUCUAAUGUUUAUACUCAAGGCUUAACGUUGUGGCCGUUUAAGAUUUGAAUAGAUAAUUAUGUAUGACGUAUCAUUUAUGUAUAAAGUUCCAAUUUUCUUCAUGCACAGUGAUCUCCAUUUCCCAUUAUAGGCUACUGUUAUGUACCACUAUGUACUGUAAAAAUGCCAUAAGCUUUAAUGAAUUCAGUAGGGAUUAUUAACAAGAUAGUGUAUUGGUCUGCAACUUUAAAGUGGAAUGGUGCAUUUGUUUACCUAAUUACUGUAUAUGUUUUUCAAUGUUUAACUUCAAUAAAUAAAACCUAGCUGCAGAGUCAUUUGAAGAAAUACUCAUUUAUAAUGUUUCUUUGCUGUGAGGGAUGUACUUACCAGUACUUGUGUUAUUUUUGUAUAACAGGCAUUGUAUCUUGUUAGAAUCUUUAACCCACCAUAAAUAAACUGUAAAGUUGUAUUUACCAGUACUUGUGUUAUUUGUAUAAUAGGCAUUUUAUAU